GUUGUUUACAAUACCAAGACAAAAUGGCCCGUUCGGUGAUUUGGCCCGCUCGGUGAUAGAUUACGUUAUAUAUACACGUGUAUCUGUAUAUGUAUAUGAAUAUGAAUAUACAGAUUAUGCGCACCACCGUUCUUCUCGUGCAGCAGAUAUCCUCGCUCCAGGGCUGUAUCCCAUCCGGUUUCCAUCGUCGUGAGAAGGAUGCAUGCCUCGCGCGGGCGGACGGACAGAGGUUUCGACUAUGAUGAUGAUGAUGAUGAUGAUGACUCGCGUCCCGGGAGUCCAGUCCAGUACACGAACACUCCGAUCCCCCAACGGGUGCCGACGGACACGUGACGGGCACAGCUACGGCUGUUCUAUUGAUGACGACGUCCAGUUUGGGAUCCGUGGGCGAUCGUGGUAACCACGGAUGAUGCUGAUGAUGCUGAUGAUGAUGAUGAUGAUGAUGAUGGUGGUGGUGGUGGUGGUGGUGGUGGAGUGCCACAGGAGGAGGACGAGACGGAGCUCGGAAGGGCAAAGAGGCGGUGGUCACAAGUAUUACAUUAUCAGAAAAUCAUCGUCAGGAUGCAGCCUGGACCGUCUUGUCUGUCUUGUCUGAGCAUGUCCAGGCGGAAUGUCGUCGACCCGCGAUGAUGGGGAUGAGGGUGAGUGAUGAGACUACCAAGGUCGCCAUCCAGCCAUCCAUCAAUCCAUCCAUUCACCCAGCCGGCCGCGCCCAGCCUGCAGGUGACGAAUUUCUCCGCCACAUCGCAUUGGUGCAGCACCCUUUUUUUCGGGGUCCCGUCUCUGCCGGAUUUCGCUGAGCCCCAUUGAGGAGGGAACAAAUUACACGAUAUGGAUGUUUUUUUUUUGUUUUAAUCUUCGCUUGUAGGGAUAUGGCUG